AUGGAAUUGGACGGCCACAAGUGCAGCGUGUGUGACAGGACUUUCUCUGUGAAGUCCAACCUCACUCGGCACAUGAAGCUUCAUGGUCCGAAGGAGUAUCUGUGUGAGGUGAGCGGAAGAGGCUUCGCUCAGAAGCAGCAACUCAGCAGCCACCUGAAGCAGCACCUCUACCCUUUUCUCCGCCUCUACAGGCCGGGGGAGGCCAAGCUGCAGUGCACCGAUGCAGCCAAGGCUGUGGCAGCGGCCCCCUCCAAAGCAGUAGACCCCACCUCUCUGGAUCCAGAAAAGCUGGAGGCUGCUGCUAAAAAAGCCGGUGGAGAAAUGUGGGGAGGCCUGCUAGUUGUCACUUUUGGCAAAUACGCAGGGCAAACUUUCAGGUGGCUGCUGGAGAACGACGUGGGGUGGGUGACAUGGCUGCUCUCUGAGUACUGCCAGAAGGGAGAGAAGAACCAGCUUCUCAAGUGGCAGAAGGAGCGACUUCUGGAGUACGUCAGAGAGUUCCCGCCUGUCACCUUCCAUCUGGACAAGUGCUCGGAGUUGGUGCAGAACUUUGUGUGGACAAGGACUGAUGUGGAAAAGGGAAAGACAACUGAGGCUGCCAUGUCUGAUUUUCAGUCAGACUAUGCCAGUGAUGCUGAGCUGUUGUGCAAAGUUGGGGAGUCCGAAGUGCCAGUGUCCACCCAGCUCACCACCUGGGCAGAGAUCGCACCUGCUGGCAGCCAGGACUCUCAGGGCAGACCACCGGACACCUCUGCUUCUGAAGCUGACGGAGUCUUGCUGGAGGGCUGGCAGAAGUACUGGGAGCAUCUGACUCCAUCUGGACAAGCUCCCGGUAUAACUGCCCCCAACAUCAAGUGGCUGAAAAAUGACGAGCUGUACGACCUGUUUGACAGAAUGUUGUCAAACAGGAGAGGAAACUCAGAGGAGAGGAAACUCCUGAAGAACAAGAUGGAGUUCCACCCACCUCUACCUCCCACAUCUGUCAAGGGAGGGCUGCCAAGCAUGACAUCAUUUUUCACCACUCCAGUCUUCUUCUGGCACCUGAUUGGUGUGAUGCAAGCUAAGAUCCGCUGCCCCAACUCCAACUGCCCCGCACCACCGGGCGAAUUCCUGAAGAAGAAAGGCUUCGGCAGCUACGCCAGCCAGGUGUGUGGCAUGACCAACAGCUACACCCUGUUGACGGAGAAGCUGAAGUGUCCGUACUGCGAAAAGGUGAGGCGGGUGGCGAGCGAGCCGCACGGCGACACCGAAGACGUGGGUGGUUGUCGUGAGCAGCAGUACAUCUGGCUGGCGCACAGUCCCAAGAUCCUGAUGAACCUGGCUCCGGCUGUCAGAAGCAUGUUUCCUGCCAUACUGUGUGGAAAGUGGGCUGUGGACAAGGGCGUGGUCACUCUCCUGAACGACCGGGUCAACAGCGUCUCAAUGAGCAAGGUGCAGAGGCUGCUGCAGCAGGGCCACGACGAGAAGAAAGACUUCGGCACCUACGCCAGGCAGAAAAUCUCCUUGAAGAGUCUGAGGUGCCUGUCUCUAUGCGGCUCACCACCUCGGGAAAGAUAACACCGGCUGGCAGUCAGGAGUCUUCUCAGGGUGGACAACCAGACACACCGACUCAAAUGGCAUCUUGCUGGCAUAAGUACUGGGAGCAUCUGCACAAACCCCUGGUUUGUUUCCCUGACUUUUCUGUGUUUCAGCGACUGAAACACUGAGAAGGCGGCUGCAAACUACAGGAAAACCGUAAUGCUGAAGCUGAAGCUCCAUCACAGAGCGUCGACAGAAGAACCAAUGCCAGCUGCUCCGACUCUUCCAGGAUCGCUGCCAGUUCCAGAACGACCUCGGGUUCAAUACCGAGGCUGGGAAAAGGCAUGGCCAGAAGUGGAGUUUAGAUAUGGAAGAGCCAGAGCGAGUUGAGCGGUGCAUCCAUCCUUACACCCUCUGUGGCCUUGUCCAUCCCACCCAGACCCUCUGCAGUACCGGUCCUGGUCGUGGUUCCUUCUCAGCCACAGGCGCUACCCAUGAUGCUCUACGGAGCCUCCAGCACUCUGAGCGCCAUACUUUUGGCUCCGCCCCCUCGCGAUUACAUCCAGGCCAACCAAGCCUCUUUAGUCCUUGUGGAGUCAUGCAAAGUACCCCAGUGUGGUGGACAGAAGAAAUUAUGCAUGCCCUGCAAAACAGGAUGGUGAAAGUUGUCAAAACCAUAUUGCCCAAAAACUACAAAAUCCACAAAUCCCGGUUUUGAAGGCGUUUAUUACAGUUUUAAACUUUUUUUUUUUUUUUUUUUUUAAAUGUAGUGGAUGAAGAAUUCAAAAAGAAAACCCCAAAAAACUAGAGGACCAACUACAUCAGCAAGUAGUCCAUUGAAUAUUAUAAAUAAAUAAAUAAAUGGGAGUAAUCCAGCUGUUUUAGUCCAGGUACAGAUAUCUUAUGGGUCAAACAAUUUAACUCAUUUUGUAGCCUAUUUUCCUUGUUUCUUUUGACUUAAUUCUCAUAACUACUACUCUAGUUGCCCUCUACUAAUCUCUUUUUUUACUGAUGCUAUUGUGUAUAUUUAUUUAUUUUCAGUUUAUUUGGUUAAAGAACAGUUUCCAAAAGUAUGAAUCCUCCCUUUUGUUCAAUCAAUAUUUCGGUAAUUUUGUCUUGUUUCCAUUGCAAAAGAUUCAAGCAUAAUUAGUAAGUCAAUGUGCUGAUAUUUAAUCACCUAUGUUGCCUGUAUGAAGUUCUUGCCUUAUCUGUGAGGUGACAUAAAACGUCUUAGGCAUGGACGAGGCUGAUUGACAAGACCAAGCCCCUCCUCCUGGCUCUGAUUGGUUGUUUCUGACAUGGAGCGGUGCAUCUCUGCAGAUGACAGUAGGACCUGCAGGAAGGAAGCAGAGGGGCUCCAUUUCUUCAUGUUAUAUUGUCAGUUUUAUCAUAUACAAACUUUUUUUUUUUUUUAAGUUGCCUACUGUAGCUUUAAAUGUACUCGGCUUUCACCUUACUUACAUAAAACAGUACAUAUUGUACAUUAACACGAUUGAUAUAUUAUGGAUUUGCCCUUAUCUAUGCCAGCAAUGUCAGCUCUUUGAUGGCUGUUUUAAGAAAGCACAUGUAUGAAUUUAUUUUCCGAUUAAACAAUUCUAGUAAUAAAAUUAUCCUGCUGCUGACUAAGGUAAAAUACUCAUCCGUAUUUUGGAAACAUUGGUAUGAAUGCCUUUUUUGCAUUUUUUUAUUCUAUUGUAUUUAUUCUUUUAUGUCAUUUGGACUUCGAGUCUGCAAUAAAGCCUAACUUCUCUCAAUGUUG